CUCUUCAGUAGUAUCGCUACCAUUCCGCUCUGAUAAUAGCGACAGCGAUGCCACCCGUCGACAAGAAGAAGCACUAUGAGCUGGUGGUGCAGGACGAUUUCCUAGUGGUGCUACACCCAGUACACCCGCUGAGUCUGCAGAUUCCGCGCUCGUCGUCCACUGACGCGUCGCUGGGACUCAGUGUGGAGCAUGUCGAGGAUUUUCAGCACGUUCACGGCCGGCGCAUGGCCUUCGACGCUAUCUACGGCGUGUUCUGGCUGCUUCGCGGGCCCUAUCUGGCUGUAGUGACGCAGUCCAAGGUGGCGGCCAAGGGAGUGAAGGACACGGAGAUCCGCGUUGUGCAGAAGCUCGAGUUAUUGCUCAUUCCGACACAGAACCUGCCCAUACUCACGCCUCAACAGGAACAGGAUGAACGCAUGUACAUCGACAUGAUAACGAGCGAUAUUGAGACCCAGAAGCUGCAUUUUUCCAAGGAUUUUGACCUCACACACACGCUACAGCGGGUUGCGGCGUUUGAUGGCAAAGUUGGCAGCAUUGCAGCGCGUGCAGACGAGCGUUUCUUCUGGAACAAAUCGCUCUGCUCGCCCUUCAUCGGUACGUUAACUGGGGAACAAUUUUUUCGCAAUAAUGCUGACUUUUGCUGCUGUCAUGACAGAGCAAAAGUUUUUCGAGUGGGUGACGCCCAUGGUACAGGCCCAUGUGGAGUUGACAGAGCAGCUCACGGUGAAGGAUAAAUCUUUUCGUAUUCUGUACAUUUCUCGAAGGUCGUGCAAGCGCCAGGGAAUGCGCUUCACAAUGCGUGGCAUCGACGACGAUGGCAACGUGGCAAACUUCGUCGAAACGGAGCAGAUUUGUCUGUUCGAAGACGGCAAACAGACGUCGUUCGUGCAGAUUCGUGGCUCCAUCCCCGUGUUCUGGAGCUCUCCGGUGACCAUGAAAUACGCACCUAAAGUGUAUCAGGCUGGCGACGUGGAGCGCGAUGUGGCUGCCUUCCAGAAACACGCGUACGAGUUGAUGUCGCUGUACGGUCGAGUGCUGUUCGUGAACCUCAUCGACAAGAAGAAGGAACAGCUCAAACUGGGCGAGGCGAUGGCCAAGACUGUGGCCGACGCUGCCACAAAAGACUCGCACAUCCUCGCAGCUGUGCGUCUCGUGUGGUUCGACUUCCAUCGAGAGUGCCGCAACAUGAAGUGGGGGAACCUUGAGAAGUUGAUCAAGCAGGUCGACGAUGAUUUCCUCGAUCACGGAUACUUUUGCAAGAGCGCAGAUGGCACUGUCGUCAACAAACAGUCCGGCGUGGUGCGCACCAAUUGUAUGGACAACUUAGACCGCACUAACGUCGUCCAGUCGCUCUUCGGACGACGUAGUUUGAUGUUGCAGUUAAAUGAGACCGAGGCGCUGCAAGGAAAUGUGCUGAACUCUCCGUUCGAAGACUUUGAACGCACGUUUAAACGCGUGUGGGGCAACAAUGCGGACGCUAUCAGCCUCUUCUACGCCGGCACGGGGGCGCUUAAGACGGACUUCACGCGCACGGGCAAACGCACCAAGAAGGGAGCGCUCAUGGAUGGCUACAACUCGUGUAUGCGGUACAUCAAGAACAACUUCAUGGACGGAUAUCGGCAGGACGUGCUGGAUCUGUUGCUGGGACGCUUCACAGUCUCGCGCAGUAAGCCGUCGCCGUUCCAGACGCAGGGCGAAACACUCGAAUCAGUGCUGACCAAGAUCAUGGGAGUCGUGGUCGCGUUUUUCCUUGUGGAAACGUACCGUAGUGGCGGCCAAAACUACAUGUUUGAGAGGCUGUUCCGCUCGGUGCUGCUUACACUGCUCAUCUGUGUCGGCGUCUUCAGUGUGCUGGUCAAGAAGGGCAACUCACUCGGCCAGAAGCUGGUGCGGCUGCCGAAACUGCGUCCACAGGACGGCUGCAUGACCACCUGGAAGCGCUAGGCCGCUUCUUGCGGACGAUUGCUCAGGGAGAUGGUCAAGCGGGAUCAGUUUAAGAGGCUUCGUGUGCCACUUCAACGCGAAGUUGACAUUGGGAUGACACUCAAGCAACAGAGUCAGAUGGAUUUACUGUUAGUGCAAAAAUUUGACUUUUGACUGGACAGUUCGAUAUUCGCCAGAAGCGCAACAUGCUGCAUCCAAACAAGUCGAUUGCGGAAUCAGAAGAUUGUCGGUUUUAAUGUAAGAGGGACAUCAGAUUUACUACAUAUCUGUAAAUCUGAGACCCAUGCAUGUCCCUCUUAGCCGUUGCCAGCAAUCGAUCCAAUUUGCUGGAUAAUAUUGAGAGACGACGAAGGUCCGACACGUCACCCUAUGCAAUAAAUGACUCGAGUUCUGUAUGGAGGCGUAGACAUUGACCCCCACCACCGCAAAGUUCCACUUUUCCCGUUUAUUGGGCGGAAUAGCCGGGCGCUUGUAUUCUUCUCAAGCCCCGUGCGAUCGCCAGCCGCCGCUGUUAGCUUGGCUGAGCCAAGAAAGACAACACGCCCGUCAGCAUUGUGGCGGUGCAGGUUGCAGUUCUCGGUGCGCGACCAAGUCGCCUGCGUCACGGAGGGGCAUUGCAGUACUUGAAGUAGAUGGUGGACUUUUGCUUCACGAAACGCAAGACUUCUCCAAACAUAGUUUAAUCAAGUCAACGUUUUUAGUGUUAAGAACUUCAGAAAACGGUUAAGGGAAACGUAGUGAGUAAUCCAUACUGAACGCAA